AUGCCAGGAACAACUGUUACUAGGAGUUUCACAACUACUGACACUUUGGUGGUGACAACGACAAGUGUUGAAACUACCACCACUGCCACUGAUACCACUACGGCCACAGACACUACUACGGCCACUGAUACCACUACGGCCACUGACACCACUACGGCCACUGAUACCACUACGGCCACUGACACCACUACGGCCACUGAUACCACGACAGCAGUGACUACGGCUACCACCUCGCUAUUCUUUACUACUACACUACCAGGCACGACAAUUACCCAAACUCUUCCUGCAGAGACAGUGAUAAGUACACUUCCAGGUAUCGUGACUACAAUCACGGGCCCGGGUACCACUGUGACAAGCACCCUACCAGGAGUAGUAACAACCACAACACUUCCACCCGUCGUCACAACAUUUACCUCACCACCAAUCACAACUACGAUCGAGCUUCCCGGCCUUACACGCACUGUAACAGAAACAUGUACCCGCCGUGCAGCGCCAACUAGCUCGACCAUUGUUCUCCCGAACGACUAUACCUAUGGUUGUGCACCAGGCUACAUCUGCUCGCCCGUUGACCGCUGUGAAAGCGAACCAGCCCCAGAGCUUGGAUAUAUCUGUCAGCCGUCGGAGUGUGUGGAGGCACCACCGGUUUGCCCAGUGACUGAUUGGGGUGUUCCGGUUUAUUCCAACGAGAUUGGAGUGUGGCCAAUUCAACUGCCGUACUAUCCUCUUGACCCGACCUUGUUUGGAUUGACGGAUGCGAUUUUCGUGAUUGAGGAUACGGGAUAUAUGAAGAGAUCUGUUGGUGGGCUGAUGAGUAUGGAAUUUGACCUGGAAGAGAGGCAAACCGAUGAGUCGGUGUCGCAAAUUUCUGUUUGUUACGAUGACUGCGGUAACGCAUACACCGAUGCUCAGAGCGCUGGUAAAACAGCGAGACUCUGCGCUGCAAAUGGAGCUUUUAUGCAAUCCCUUGAAAGAUGCAUCCAGUGUAUCAAUUUUCACUCUGAGACCCCCGAGACUGCGGCGAAAGCAUACGCGGUGUCAAUGACGGAUAUUGACCAGUACCUUACCUUCUGUAACGAGAACUACCCAGUGUCUAGUAGUACUAGCGCUGCUCCUUCGACAACAUCAAGUACUACGGGAGCAGUCUUUACUCCGCUUCCACAGGUGACUGGUAGUGAAUCUAGUAGCUCAACGACAACCACGAGAAGCAGUAGUAUCACUUCUACAACUAGUAGCUCAACCAGUACGGCAUCCUCUUCCUCUUCCUCGAGAACCACGAGUAGUAGCUCCUCGACUAGUACUCCUGUUUCUUCGACUAUUUCUUCGUCCUCCUCAUCAAGAACCACGAGUAGUAGCUCCACUACUUCUGCUUCUUCCUCUUCGACUGGUAGUACAAGCACUCCUGCUUCUUCGUCCGCCACUUCUUCUACUACGAGUAGUAGCAGCAGUAGCAGUACAAGACUGCCAUCUUCUACAGUAGCGUCGACCUCGAGUGCUUCUCAGGUCUCCUCUACUAUAGAGGCUGUAUCAUCCAGCCCUUCUUCGUCUUCCUCUUCGUCUGCCCCUGCGUCAUCAACGGUAGUUAUAAGUUCAUCAACUACAACCAGCUCUUCAACGACCACUACUGCAAGUUCCAAUUCGAGUUCAUUCUCAGAUGCCCCUACCUUCACUACAACCGGCGCAAAUACGACCCAAACUGGCGUAGAACUUGCCAGCACCAAUAAUUCUAGUGGUCCGUUGUAUAAUAUGGGUGGACUAGCGUUCUCGCUGUUUGUGACUUUGAUUUUUCUUAAUAUGUGA